GAAUACCCAAUCGCACGUGUUUUUUUCUGUUUGUUCUUCGUGUUUAAAUCGUGAGAAGACUAAUUGUAUAGCGAAGGUUUUCGUGUUAUCUUUAUUCACAAUAAUUAUAAUACAGUGAGCAAAAUAGUCUGGUGUGUCAGUAUUGAUAAAAAUUCAUUAUCUUUGUAGGGUACAAAAGUUAAUUAUGAUCGGUGGAAAACGUAGGUAGGUAUUCAUUUGGUUAAACGCGACUGUAAAGUGUAAAGCAAUCAGUGUGAUUUUGUUGCUCGUCUUCGUCGGUUUACCAUCUCAUUUUAUUUUUUUAAAGUGACGUGCUUUUUCGUAUCGCAAAUCUUUAAUUUUUAAAUUUCGUAGAUCAGUUUUUGAAAUAAAAUGCAUUAUAGCUGAUAUAUGCUCCAUUGCUCAAUAUAUUACAUUAUUUUUGCAAUAAUAUUAAUAAGAAAGUAGUGCCAAGAUGUUGGGAAAAUCGUACACCGAAGAAGCUCCGGUAGCAAAUGGCAGCAACAAAGAAACCCAGGAGGAUGACGAGAAUUUCGCAACAAAAGCGUCUGUUUUACGUUUGACUCUUAUUGGGAUCAUAGUCAUCACACCAGCCAUCACUCCAGGAAUGGCCAUGUCAUAUUCAUCUAUUGCAGUUAGGCAACUUCCUUUUGAUCUGUAUCAAUCCUCGUGGUUCGCGAGUAUCAUGUCAUUGGCCACACCGUUCGGAAAUUUAUUCACUGGUUUCCUAUUGGACAGAUAUGGUCGACGAAAAUCACUCAUUUUGAGCGUACUUCCUAGUAUUUUCGGCUGGUUCCUGCUAUCGUUAUACCACGUGCCCAUCUCGACCCUUUACUUGGGCAGAUUUCUGACCGGAUUCGCUCUAGGCGCUGCUAGUUUACCAUCGACGGUAUAUUUAACCGAAAGCAUCACCAUCAAUCAUUUACACCUGAGAGGAAGCUUAUCAACUUGGACAACUUUGGCAUUAAGCACGGGAACCAUGUUGACGUAUGCUUUCGGAGCAAUGGUACCUUGCAGAGAAGUAGCCGCUAUAGGAGGAGUGCUCUCGAUCAUAUCUUUAGUUUUGAUAUUGGUAUUCAUUCCUGAAAGUCCGGUAUGGCUUUAUCGUCAAGGUCGAAUCGGAGAUGCCCUAGUGGCCGAAAGUCAGCUGGGAAUUUCGCAGCCUAUUUUGAAAGCCAAGCAAGUGAGAAAAGCAUCGGUUACAGAAAGCGUUCAUCACCUAGAAACCGAAUUUUCACUUCGCAGUUUCGUCGAUUAUGCUAAAAAAAUACAGCGCAAGGAAGUUUACAAACCACUCAUUAUCACAAUUUCGUUCCUAUUCUUCUUGCAAUUCUCCGGAGUGUACGCUUUGUCUAGCUAUAUGGUGGAUAUUUUGGAAGUACGAUCGAUGAAAUUUAAUCCUUACAUAUUGGCUGUGGUUUCGGGAGCUGUGCAGUGUAUCGGAGUCGUAUCUAUAACUUUCAUAAUACCAUUCACCGGGGUUAAAAAAUUAGCCCUUCUUUCUUCCUCCGGAGUAGCUUUAGGAAUGCUUGGUCUCGGUACAUCGAUUUUAUUAGCGAGUAAAUCACCUCUAGGCCAACUGGUCGAUAUUAUGCACGUGUUGUCGGUAUGGUUUACCAUCUUAUCAGCAUCCUUUGGUUUUAUCGUGAUACCGUUUUCAAUUUUAGGCGAAAUGUUCCCAAUGGGGGCGAAAAGUUACGCUAGUCUUUCGCUAAUAGCGUCGUCUACUUUUAAUUUCAUUAUUUUAAAAAUACAUCCUUUAAUGUUCGCCUACUACGGACCUUUGGUGUAUUACGUAUACGCUGUUGUGACUUUCAGCGGUGUGAUCUUUGUGGCUUUAUUUUUACCCGAAACGCAUGGAAAGACUUUGGAUGAAAUUAAAAAUAGGUUCAGGUAUUCGACUGAUUUGCUCAAUGAGAAUGAGGAAGCUUGAAACAAUGUCGUAAACGUGGCAACGUAUGCAGUAGGUAGGUAAAUUAAAACUUUGAAUUGACGCAGUAGCUCGUGUUGAAGUUCAUCAAAGAAUAAGGUGAUGAAUUCGUGUUUCUUUAUCUCUGGAUAUCCGUGUUCAUUUAUAGUACACGCUGUUUACCUACAUGUUUAACUUUUGAAAUUGUAUUUUAAUCAUUUUCUUUGAGAUAAAUUUGUUUAUAUGUACCUACUUGUAUGUAAUGUCGUUUGCAAAGUUUCAUUUACUUAUAUUAUUAUUGUUAUCUAGUCAAAUGGAUUUAUUUUAUUUACUUACCUACCUAUUAAUUAUUUGAUUGCGAAGAAUAACAUUGUGAUAAUGGAAUAAUUUUAUGUAGGUAUUGUGAGAUUUUUAAAAACAAACGCUUCUAUUUUCACGAAUCAAUGCCGGAUUUAAUUGUAUUGCUUCUUUCAAAUUAUAAGUAAUGAUUACUUG